AUGUCUUUACAAGUUCCCCCAUCGCCAAUCUCCGCCAAUCUUACUCCUCCGAAAUCCCGAAAACGACUAGAUGGCCCACCAUACAAAUGUGACUUUCCAGAAUGCUCCAAAGUGUUCCAGAGAUCCGAACAUCUUUCCAGACAUAAGCUGAAUCAUAAUCCAAAGAAGAUCUUCCGUUGCGACUACCCGGCAUGUGGGAAGACAUUUGUGCGCAAUGACUUGCUAGUUAGACAUAACAAACGACAUGAGGCCAGAAACGAAAAGACAAACACCUUCACCAAACAGUUAUCCUCAGCAAAUAGCAUUGUGCAAACCCACAAACAGGAACAACCCCCUACACCCACGGCAACAGCCCCCGACGAAUCGGCUCCGAGUCUGAUCAGCUGGCUGUUCCAGGACGAAAACAAACCUCUGGGCCAAUACACGUCAGAAGAAAUGUUCUCUACAGACUUCUCUGAACUGUUCUCUAAUAACGGCCAGAGCUUCUUCUUGCAAGAAGGGUUUGAAGACCUAUCGCCGUCAACGGCUAUUUUGUCCGAUCAAACAGCUCCGCUGGAGAACCCGCGCUCCGAGUACUCCAAAAACGAAUACCAAUUGACCGACCUGAACAUGAUCAAGUUCAAAACACUAAUUCCCAGUCUCGCAACCCAUCCCGACUUUGUGCAGUUCAAGCUCGAAAAACUGCUCAGAACAUACUGGAAGUUCUUCCAUGCUAGGUUCCCUAUUCUACACAAACCGACGUUUGUUGCGUCGCAGACCCCUCCCAUGUUGCUUCUGUCAAUGUUCAUGAUCGGUGCAAGAUUGUCCACCAUUUUCCAAGACUUCUACUCCCCGGACCAUAUCAUGGAUCCACAUACAUUUGCAGAUACCAUUGCCGACCCUCUGAGAUGGCAUAUUUUCUCCUCGCCCAACUUCCAGCCACCAGCAGCUAUAUGGAUCAUCCAGAGUCUUCUGUUGCUAGAGUUUUACGAAAAGAACUGUUCCACCCGCAAAAUGCACGAGCGGGCCCAUUUGCACCACGGAACCACUAUUCAGUUACUGCGUAGACUGCCAUCGCUUGGAGGCUCGCCGCAGAAACUCGGACAGCUCGAAGACGUCAACAAUUGGUACAAUUGGAUAGAGGUCGAGUCGUUGAAAAGAGCUACAUACAUGUGUUUUUACAUGGACACCUCUGAUGCUAUCAAUUACGGCCACCAGAUGUUAAUCUAUGCGCACCAGCUACAGUUGACGAUGCCCGUUGCUGACGAAGUCUGGGACGCCAAUCUGGAGUCGUUCAAAUACAUCAUCAAACAAACAAGCAGACCUCAACGGUUCCUAAUUGUGUUGAAGAACCUGCUCAAUGGUGUUUCUACGAAAACCAACUCGUUCGGAAAGAAAGUGUUGAUUUCUGGUUUGAGUGCUGUGAUGUUCCAGAUCCAACAACGAGACCUGCAACUGGCUUUUGGUUUAGACAAGUUCAGCUCGAACGAGAACGCCAGCAAUUGGCGAGAGCUCAUGACCGCGGCGUUUUCAAUUUGGAGAAACGAUGUGGGCGACUCAUGUUGCUCUUCAAGAAUGGCUAUCGAGAACGUUGAGUCGUCCACCACGUCCACACAGUUCUCCUUGAGCGAUACUCGGUGCAAAUGUGUGGUUUACCACAUUGCCCAUAUCUGUAUGUCGAUUUCGCAGUACGACUUCUUGAUCUACGCCGGUGCGCCGUGGAGAAUGAACGUGAAGCCGUCGUCUGCGCUGGAACGGGAAGCUAUUUGCAAACGGGUGAUUGAAUGGACAGAGACCAAACACGCACGGGUUGCAGUUGUUCAAUGCUAUUUGCUGCUGUUUGAAAUGCUUUUAUCUCCACAGGACUCGAAGACCGACUUUCAGUACGAUUACCAGGCAGAUAGCGACUUAUUCUUCCGGUCCAAUGCCGUUUCCAUCAGUGUGCUGGUUUUAUGGUCGUAUGUCUACAUCAAAUGUGGAGUCGAGGAUAGAACCAAGAAAGAGACCGGGUACGAGUAUUUGAGACGAAUCCGCCAGGAGUUCACAGAUAUCACCAAAUGCAGUUUGCACACGAGUCAAACAAACUGUUCCGGGUCGGAGUACUACGGGUCUUUGUUGAAAUGGUCUGCUGCUUUGGAUCUAAUCACGAAAAAAGAGCAGAUGACCGGGCUGCUGGAUAUGAUGGGCGAGCGCAUUGCCACGACAGAAUACUCGAUCGUCAACGAACUAGGAAAACUGAUCAAGUUCUGCUCUGUCAGAAGCGCAGGAUCGCCAAGCUCAAUACUGCACGACAUGUAUGAUUAA